AUGGAGAUAAACAUGGAGGUGAGGAAUGAGACAACAAUCCAAGAAUUCAUUCUGGAAGGGUUUCCUGCCAUCCAGUACCUGGGGAACAUCUUCUUCCUGAUGCAUCUGCUGGCAUAUCUGGCCUCUAUCACAGGAAAUAUGGUGAUCAUCAUUAUCACUUGGGCUGACCAUCGCCUCCAGACACCAAUGUAUAUUUUACUCAGCACUUUCUCCUUCUCUGAAUGCUGUUUUAUUACCACAGUUAUUCCUAAACUGCUGUCCAUCUUUCUUUCAGGAAGGCAAACAAUUUCCUUUACUUCUUGUCUCACACAAGCCUUUUCUUUUCUGUUUUUUGGGUCAAUAAUUUUUUUCCUGAUGGCUGUGAUGUCCUUGGAUCGAUACCUGGCCAUUUGCAAACCUCUGCACUACCCGGCCAUCAUGAACCUGAGGGUUAGUUUCCUUCUGGCUUUCUUCUGCAAUGCUUUGUCCUUCAUCUUGAUCACUGGUCUGGUGCUCAAGGUUUCUCAGUUGUCCUUCUGUGGCCCCAAUGUCAUCUCUCAUUUCUUUUGUGACCUCGGCUCCCUGAUUCAUCUCUCUUGUUCUGACACUGGGUCUGUUGAAAUAUAUGUCCUCUUCCUUGCUCUGCUUGUCAUUCUGAUAUCUCUCAUUUUAACCAUCAUUGCAUACAGCAAUAUAGUAGUCACAAUUGUGCGACUUCCAUCAGCCAAGGAGCGACAGAAAGCUUUCUCCACCUGCUCCUCUCACCUCAUCGUCCUCUCUCUGAUGUAUGGCAGCUGUGUCUUUAUAUACGUGAAACCAAAGCAAACAAAUAGGCUGGACUCCAACAGGGAGGCUGCCCUUGUGAACACAGUGGUGACCCCACUGUUGAACCCUGUCAUCUACACUCUGCGGAACAAGCAGGUCCAUCAGGCUCUGAGGGAUGCUCUGUCCAGGGUGAGGUUGCAGAAACAGAGCUUUGGAGGCCCACAGCAAGCUCUCGAUUUCUUGGAAGAUAAUAGUUGCAAGAGGAGGAAGUCCUGCCUGCCAUGAGGUGACUCCUAUGUGUGACUGGCCUCAGGGACCGUGGUGAUUUGUGGACUUACUGGGGACA